UAGGCAGUGACGUCAGGGGUAAACGGAUUCCGUAGCCGUGGCAGCGGCCAGUGAGGGUAGGAACGCGUCUGCCGCAGUUUACCUGAGAAGCCGUCUGUCUGCGCCGGCGUGGGCCGCGGCGUGCCGCCGUUACGGGGUCGGCAGCUAAACUAUGUGCUCCUGUGGGGCGAGUACCAUGUUAUAUCCAUCUUUGUAACCCAGCGUCUAUCAGUGCUUGCAUGUAGUUGGCACUCAAGAAAUGUAUGUCGAAUGAAUGAUACCUGUGACAAAGAGCUGGACUUUAUUCCUUCCUGCCCCUUGCUUCUAAGACACGUCUCUUCCUGUUUCCUUCUGAACUUCUCUAAGGUCCCUGGAAGGGAAACAGCUAUGGCCAAGGACAUCCUGGGGGAAGCAGGGCUGCACUUCGAUGAGCUAAACAAGCUGCGGGUGUUGGACCCAGAUGUUACCCAGCAGACCAUAGAGCUCAAAGAAGAGUGCAAGGACUUUGUGGAUAAAAUUGGACAGUUUCAGAAGAUAGUUGGUGGUCUAAUAGAGCUUGUUGACCAACUUGCAAAAGAAGCAGAAAAUGAAAAGAUGAAGGCCAUUGGUGCUCGGAACUUGCUCAAAUCCAUAGCAAAGCAGAGAGAAGCCCAACAACAGCAACUUCAAGCAUUAAUAGCAGAAAAGAAAAUGCAGUUGGAAAGGUAUCGGGUUGAAUAUGAAGCUUUGUGUAAAGUAGAAGCAGAACAAAAUGAAUUUAUUGACCAGUUUAUUUUUCAGAAAUGACUGAAAUUUUCAUUUUUAUAGCAGGAAGGCAAAAAUACUCCCCAACCAAAAAGACCUCUGUACCAUUCCAGUGACUUGACUAAUGACCUGACCUAAGUACGUCCUGAUGGUGUGUAAGGAUUACAGUUCUCCGAAGGCAGUAACGCCACGUUGGGGAGUUGGCACUAAACAGUGCCUGGCACUGCAGGUGGCAGGGCAGGGCAGGGCCUCACCUUUCGCAUUCUUAGUAUGAACUAAGCAGUCUGUAACUUGGAUCCUCUUUUUGUAAACUCACAAAGCUUUGGAAGGAAAAGCAAUAAAUUGUUUUCAAACAGCUUGAUCAGCCA